AUGGCUAAGACUACUAAAGUAAAAGGUAACAAGAAGGAAGCUAAAGCUUCCAAGCAAACGAAAGAAGAAAAGGCUGCGACAGUAUCUUCCUCCUCAUCUUCCUCCUCAUCUGAGUCCGAAUCCUCAUCUUCAUCUUCAUCCUCUGAAUCUGAAUCCGAUUCUUCUUCAUCCUCUUCUGAAAGCGAAAGCGAAGCUGAAACCAAGAAGGAAGAGUCCAAGGACACUUCUUCAUCUGAAUCCUCUUCCGACGAAGAAGAAGAGGAAGAAACCAAGAAAGAAGAAUCUAAAGAAUCUUCUAGUUCUGAUUCAUCUUCAUCUGACAGCGAGAGCGAAAAGGAAGAAUCCAAUGACAAGAAGCGUAAAUCCGAAGACUCUGAGGAAGAAGAAGAAGAAGAAUCUUCUAACAAGAAGCAAAAAAACGAAGAAAGUGAAGAACCUGCUACUAUCUUCGUCGGUAGACUAUCAUGGUCCAUUGAUGAUGAAUGGUUGAAGAAGGAAUUUGAACACAUUGGCGGUGUUAUCAGUGCCAGAGUUAUCUAUGAAAGAGGUACCGAUAGAUCUCGUGGUUAUGGUUACGUUGAUUUCGAAAACAAAUCUUAUGCUGAAAAGGCCAUUCAAGAGAUGCAAGGUAAGGAAAUUGAUGGUAGACCAAUUAACUGUGACAUGUCCACAAGCAAACCAGCUAGUAACAACAACAAUGACCGUGCAAAGAAAUUUGGUGACACUCCAUCUGAGCCAUCCGACACCUUAUUCUUGGGUAACUUAUCCUUCAACGCUGAUAGAGACGUUAUCUUCGAAUUGUUCGCUAAACACGGUGAAGUUGUUUCCGUUCGUAUUCCAACACAUCCAGAAACUGAGCAACCAAAGGGUUUCGGUUACGUUCAAUUCUCCAACAUGGAGGAUGCCAAGAAGGCUCUAGAUGCUUUGCAAGGUGAAUACAUCGACAACAGACCAGUCAGAUUAGACUUCUCCUCUCCAAGACCAAAUAACGAUGGUGGCCGUGGUGGUAGCCGUGGUUUCGGUGGUCGCGGCGGUGGUCGUGGCGGUAACCGUGGUUUCGGUGGCCGUGGUGGUGCUCGUGGUGGCCGUGGUGGUUUCAGACCAUCUGGUUCUGGUGCCAAUACUGCUCCAUUGGGCAGAUCAAGAAACACUGCUUCUUUCGCUGGUUCAAAGAAAACAUUUGAUUAA